UAGCCCUCGACUGGUGGAGUCCCAGAACAUCAUGUCGCAAAUGCAGGAAAAGGCCGUACAAGCCAAAUCGACCGGGGCCAAGGCCUCCAAGCAGCAAGCAAUACAGCGGAAACCAAGCAAGUGGAGGAAGAUUGGGGGUUUAUUCAGGGCAAAGACUGCAAUGACACCUGCGAAGCAACCGUUCUAUCAGUUCCGCCCGAACGAGUCCAGGUCCCAUAUCCAAUGUGCCCUUGAGACCAACCCCAUCUCGAACACCGAGGUCUGGCCAUGCUUGGCCAGCGGUCAAGCGCAGCAGAGUGAUGGUGGACGAAACUUUCGGCCGGGUGCGAAACCAGCUGGGGACACGGAGUCUUUGCUCACAGUAGACAUCCCAGACGUUCAGAUGGAGCGGUACAGCGUCAUGUUUAGCGGUCUUCUGACCCGGGAACCGUCUACUCGCAAGAGGCGUAGCAAGACUUUGGAAGAUGUGAGGCCCGCCAACACUGUGGAGCGCUCCAUCUCCCCAGAACUACGUCCUCCUCCCCGACGACAGACGACUGAAGCGGCCCGAUCCCGCUCCAAAUCUCCCAGCUUCUCUCUUUUCCCAUCCGUUCAUCCCAAUCGAUCAUCGAAACUCCCGGGAUCCACCCUCCCCCGCGACCCCAGCCCUUUACACAGAAGCCAGUCAUCGCUCUUAGAGGCGUACCGAGAGAAUCCACCGAUCCAACCAAGGCAGCCCUCGCCCGCACCGCGCAGCUCGCCCCAGAAGGCCCCUGUUUCUCACAAACCCCAAUUUUCGGAAUCGUCAAUCCUCACGUUUACAUCCUUGGAAGGCGACGACAAGAUAAUCCUCCAGGGUGUCAAGCCAGUGCAAACCAUCAAAGACGAACCCGCAUGGGAGUUUAUAAACAAGAACCCGACACCGCCAACUAAGCAGGAGAUUGGCGCUACCCUCAAAGUCAAUACGCAAGAGCUGCCGCCUCCGAAAUCCGAGGACAUCAACUCCGCCGCGUCGUCGCCCAUCCUCUCCCCUCUCUCAAGCGUCACCGCCAACAUAAUGACCUCCCCAUCCGUGGUCUCCAAGCCCGCUAUCUCCCCAUCCAGGAGUUCCAAGCCCGCCAUCUCCCCCUCCGUGGCCUCCAAGCCCGCCAUCUCGCCAGCCGGCUCAGCCCGAAUGCCCCUCGCCGACGACAACGACAACGACAGCGACGACGAAGACCCCGAAGUAGAUUUCGACCUCGACAAAGACACCGAAGCGCUAAAGCCCGAGCAGCUGCCCAUCCCCACAGUGGAGGUCUCCAUCGCCCGAUCGGUGUCCGUCUCCCGGGGCAAGAAGCAGAUCAUAGUACCUAUCGGCCCGCGCGCCGAUCGUCUCACUCCAGAUGAGAGAUUGGUGGACCGCAAGGCUCGCAUGGUUCGAGUGACUGAUGGGCAGCAUGGACAUCGUCAUGGAAAUUCCCAGGAUGUGCGGAUUGAGAUGGCGUGACCGGCCUUAUUCAUUCGUUCAUUCAUUCAUUUCAUGUCAUUUUCUUCAUUCUUUGUUUCAUUUUCCUGCGCGGAGAGAAGACAACGACUAGAUGUCGUCCUGUCCCCCCCCUUUUUUCUGAUCAUUUUUUAAUUUCAGCGCUGGUAGCUUGCUAUUCAUUCGUCUUGUUGUUGACGACGUCGAUCUUUGUCCGCAUUGCGAUCAUUACUUUCUUUUUUGCAAUCUUCUUUUUGCUUUCUUUCCAUUGCUCAUAUUCUCUCUCUCUUUUUCUCUCUCGCACAGUCUCUUUAUUUACAUUUACUAUGUUCAAGGUCUAACUUAACGACGGUGGUUAUCUCAUUCAACCAAGCUAUCCAUCUAUCCACCUAUCUAUCUUCUUUGUAGCUCUACCAUAGUAUACCGAGG